AUGGGAGGCAAGAAGGCCGCCGGAGAAAACUCCAAGAAGGCCGCCGGUAACGCUCGUAAAACCGACGCGGCCGCACAAAAGAAGGCCGUGGAAGACUCCAAGCGCGCCGCGGAAGAGGACAAGCAAUGGGCCAAAGGAUCUAAGAGCAACUCAAAGAAAGAAGAUGCCGACGCCAAGAAAGCCGACGCUGCUCGCAAGAAGGCCGAGCGCGAUGCCCAACUCGCCGAGGAGGAAGCCUCGCAACCAUCCAAGGCCAAGGGAGGCGGUGCCAAGAGCGCACAGAAGAAGUCCCGGGGGCUGGAUCUGUCACAGCUGGACGAUGGUCCUGCCGGCAAGAAGGGAUCUUCACUGAGCGCGUCUGGUAUCGACAACGCCCUGGACGCCCUGUCCCUGACCAACAAGGACACCUCCAAGAUCGACCGACACCCUGAGCGACGAUUCAAGGCCGCCUAUGCCGCAUUUGAGGAGCGACGGUUGCCCGAAAUCGAGGAGGAGAACCCCGGUCUGCGACGACAGCAGCGUAUCGAGCUCUGCCGAAAGGAAUUUGACAAGAGCGAGGAGAACCCGUUCAACCAGGUGCAUGUGGCUGUCAACGCGACCAAGGAUGAAGUUGCGCAGGUCAGGGAUCAGGAGCGGAAGAAGGUUGAAUCCAGACUCGGCAACAAAUAG